AAUUUUACCUCCAUUAAUUAAAUUAUUAAGAAUAUUAUCAAUUAAACCUCAUAUAUCGCCCAUUUAAUACGUAUUAGUUGUAUGACAAGUCCUUAAAACCUUUUCCUUACACGCUCAAGCUGCAGGGAUACCCAUCGACCUGACCCGACCCAACCCGUCGGAUAUCCUCGCAUUACAUCGCAACCAUAUACUCAAUCAACCUCACAUUAAAAAAAAAAAAGGAUAAUGCCAUCCCACCUCCAACAACCCUCAAAAUGACAACCUCACCACCCGCCCCCCAACAACCACAACCACACCUACACCUCAAACCCCCCUCCUCGCCUCUCUUCCCACCAAACCCACCCCCCCUCCUCCUAACAAUCCGCUUCAGCGCCUCCAUCCCCGACCUCGACCUCGACAUCCCCCACCCCUCCCUCACAACCGUCAUCUCCCUCAAACACCUGAUCCGCCAACGCCUGCAAGAGCCCAACUCCCAGCGCCGCCUGCGCUUCAUCCACGGCGGCAAGAUCCUCCCCGACAACGCCGCGCUAAGCUCCGUCUUGCGCGCCCCGCUACCACCACCUCGACCCGACUACGACUACGAUGCCAAAGGCAAAGGCAAAUCCGUCCCGGGCCGCCCCGAGCCCCCGCAGCGCAUCUACGUAAACUGCUCCAUCGGCGAUAGUCUCACAACCGCCGAGCUCGAAUCCGAAGCCAUCGCCGCCGCCGCCCCGGCGCCCGCCCCAUCCGACGCCUCCUCGCCGCUAUCGCGCGCCGCGACUCCCCUCCCCAGCACGUCCGCCGCGCCGCGCGGGUUCGACCGCCUGCUCUCGGCGGGAUUUACCGCCGCCGAGGUAAACCAGCUGCGCCUGCAGUUCCGCAGCAUCCACAGCUCGCGCUUCACGCCGGACACCCUGCCGUCGCCGGAUUCGUUCCGCCGGAUGGAGGAUGCGUGGAUCGAUGACAAUGGCGCUUCGAUGCCAGCUGCGGGUGCGCUUGGUGGUAACGCGGGAGCGGGAGGGUUGAGCAAUGGCACGGAUAGUGAUGAGGUUGGACUGGUAGCUCUUGUCGAUGUGAUGAUUCGCGGUGUAGUGACGGGGUUUAUGUGGCCGCUCGGAAGCGCAGGGUGGCUUGUACGAGAGGAAGGCAUGGCGAGUGGGCGGUGGAGAUUUAUGGUUGGCGUGGGUGUUAUGUUUAGUGUUCUGAUCGGGAUUAUUAGGAGUAUGUCUGGCGAGAAAUGAUUGCUCGAAAAACCGGUAUUGAAACUAUUGCCCCGGAUUGGAAUGGAUAGGUCUACGAAUACGCAUGGGAACGGCGUUGCAUUUGCAAUUAUAUCAUGGCGGGGCGUUUUAGAGUAAUGGCAGUAUGAACAUAGAUGGACAAAUCGUAUCACGUUGGCAAAAGAUCGGAAGACAAGCAAGCGGGUUGGGCAUCGCCAACAAUGGCGAUACCCCCAUUCACUAUCUAAGCACACACUAAAGAAUCCAAGGUCUCAAGAGAUGGUCACGCUUCUUUUGAAGCGUAAUGAAACCCUGUUAGGGCUGGUCUCCGUCAUUGAUCUCGAAACAAGUGGUAUACCUCCCUUAAACUCCAUGAAUCAUAAUCGUAGGGUUCCAAGUAGCUGAGU